AUGUCGCGCCAGCCCGAGAAUAUUCAGAAUGAAGGUCAAGCAGGGAACCGAACAGCAGAGACAGUCAUGGCGGCGGAAACAAGGGAAGCCAAGACCCCAUCUCACUCUCGGAGGCCUUGGGACGGAAACGUACGCGAUGUCGUUUCCCUUUUGGUGUUUUGCCAAGGAGAAGGAGGAGAAGAGAUGCAAAUAUUGGCGUGGGAAGAUCAAGACACCAUCACACUACCGAGGAAAGAGAUCACAGCGCAGGAUACGAUUCAGGAGCGGGAGGCAGGAGGAGGAGGUUCCUCAGGCACAGCUCUUGGCACUGCUGCGGCACCCUCGCCUCUCCUCAUCUGGCCAAGGGAUGUAAGUUACGAACUGGUUUCUAUCAGCUUAGCAGCUGAAGUACUUAAGAUGACUCCAAGCCAAAUCAACACACCGCAACUUGUCCAGCUCACACGCAUCUAUGUCCCGUCCUUGCGCAGGCACUUCCAUCACUCUGUGUUUGCGAUUGAGGUCUCGAGUAAACAGUUAGAGAAG